ACCCAAACACCUUGUUUGUGCGUGACAAAAGAAACAAGGAACAAAAAUAUAUGUAUGUGUUCACAACAGAAACAAAGGAAACCGAGGGAGAGCAGAGAGGGCGAGAUUACCAUAGAAAGAAAAGGAAUUCUAUAGCAGAGAGAAAAAGGAAAAAGCCUUAGAGAGUAAAGGCAGAUAGACACAAAGAGAGAUGAGAGGGGUCUCAUCAUUUCCCUUUCUUCUCUUCUUCCUUUCCUUUUCUCAUAAUUUCAUCGCAGGCUUUUCAGAUGAUUCUUCAAAUCCCAAAAAUGGGACAAAAACUGAUACUCAUGCUGCAUCCAGCAGUCACACUGGGUCAACGAUACUCGUUGUAUGCCUUGCCCUUGUGGUGAUAGUGCUUCUAUCAUUUUUCCUUUUCAAGUUUUGGCAAAAGAAGAAGCGCGAAGAGCAGUAUGCUCGUCUGCUAAAGUUGUUUGAAGAAGAUGAUGAGCUAGAGCUUGAGCUCGGUCUUCGGGAUUAAAUUUGUUCCAGAUGUUAACAAUCAAUGUAUUGAGAUGCAAGUAAUAUCCUAAAUUCAGAUUCUUAAUUCAGAGAUCACAAUGGGUUGGAUGAUUCCAGAAUCGUGGCAUAAUCAAGAGAAUCUUUAUUUCACAGUUGUAGAAAUAUGUACCAGUAUUAGCAGAACCAAAAUUAUCAUGCAUUCUUUUUUUUUUGGAGACAGAUUGAUGGAUGACAAAUAUUGCCAAAGGUCACCCUUCCAACUCAGCAAUGUAAUUCAUCCUUCACAAUUCACAUAUUCACUCUGUAAUAGUUGUGUAGUAGGUAUUUGCAGAUUGUUAGAUGGCUUUGAAACAAGAGGUAUAUUUUUUCACAAAAGCUCAAAUGAGCUAAACUGUAUCUAAGUGUACACAUUUACUUUUGUACCCUCCGAUGUAAUGUUCGGCCUUCUCUUUUUGUGUGAGUGGAAGAUGAUCUCUCUUCCCUUAAUAAGAAAUCCAUCCUUGUGACAUA